AUGGAAAAACACAGUACCUUUAAAAACCUCGUAAAACUGCACGGGGACAUAAAGAGGGAAGAGCUGCUGGUGCUCUUCUUCCAUAGCUGCAUUUUGGACAAUAAUUUUAUAUACAAACUGAAUGACGAAAAGAAAUAUGAAAAAUCAGAGAAUCAUGAAAAAAUAAAAAUUUCAAAUGGGUAUAUAAAACACAUGAGUGAUGCUGAUAAUGGGAAAUUUUUCUUAAGUCGAAUAUUAAUUGACCCUGAAUGGAGAAGCAAUUCAAGUAGCUACAACUUUCUGUACAAAUCUGUAGACACCAAUGACACCUACAACUUGAAUUUGGUAAAAGUAGAGAAUUCACUCCUUGUGCAAAUUAUCAACACUGCGCAGCCGUCUGUAGUUCACUCAGUAACAAUUGACGUGGACGAAUAUGUAAAGAAGUGCCCUGCUGAAGAAGAUGCAACGGAUGACAUGGAGGAGCGCGUGCAAAUGGAAAACCUGGAGCAGGUAUUCCAUAUUCAUAUAUUAAGCCACAUGAAAACAGGGAGCAGCAACAACAUCCGUAGUGGUAACAGUAGUAGUAAGGAGAAAGGGCCAAAGGGACUCAUCAUAGAAUCCAACGCAAAUGAGCACUUUAGAAAUGUUUUCCACACCAACUCGAACCCAUACCUCUUACCAAACUUUAAUGACAACCAUUUUGAUGAUAAAAAUCCGAACCUUGGACGAAAUCUAAUUCCGGAUCUUAGAAAUAAUGUCCCCAUUUUAAAACCAGAUGGAUUGCUAGUCGGCCCGGACAAUAAAUUUUUUAACCCGAAAAAUUUGCGCUAUGACCCAAUUGGGCCCUUUGGAAAUGAGCCCAAUGCCGACAACAAACCGUUUGAGUUUCGGGACAAUUUCCCCUUUUAG